CUAUUAGUUUAUUCUGCAAUCUGCACCACUGCGAUCAAGGGGAUGCUUACUGGUUUGCAGAAAGUAGGUGUGGUAUGGUGUGAUUUUCUUUGCCAACCGGUUAAUAGGGUUUCAUUCAGUGAAAAACUGAGUAAAACGCCCGCCGGAUGGAGUUGCUUUUACGAAUGGGGGUGUUCUUCUGAAGGCGCUGCCGUGUCGAACUCGGGGGUGUGAAAUAAGCUUGCAGCUUCCCGCAUACACGCGGCUCUACUUCGUUGUACCGGAAAAGUAACGGGGGAAUCGACUGGAGGGGAAAGGACGCCGUGACGGAGGUAGGGAGUGGGCUCUACACGCGGACGGGACAAUCGUGGCGCAACAAUGACAAACGGGACAGUGUUUUACGCCACAAAGGAGAGUAGACAUAGGGACCUCCGCGACAUCUGACACACUCAACUCGGAAGAAAAUCGGAGGGAACGUGCAGGCGUCCAGCGGCGAUGGGCGCCUGUGCGUAACAGGAGCCCUUUCCGCUCCGCGCCCUUUCCGGUGGUCAUGCCUGCACAGCGGGGCGCCGAAAAAGUCUCCGGGCCCGGGGCGCCGAGCCGCAACGGUUACGCGCAAACACGUGUCGUCCGCGCACUGAGCCGCGAGCCAGUGAGCUGCGCGCGGACCCGCGCGUGGACGUGCGGCGGAGUGGGCUGCGCGGCGUGUGCGCUCGUGCUGGCCGCGUUGCUGCUGAGGUGCGCACACUGGAACAGCGAGCAGUCGUGCAUUGGCGCUCACUCGCUCGCAGGCUUCCUCGCGGAGCUGCCGCUCGCUUGCUGGGCAGCGCUCUCGCCCUUCCUCGAUUUCCUGUGCGCUUUCUUCUGGCUCGGCGUCUACCUGUUCCGCCACGGCGUGCAGCUCCGCACGGCGCUUUCGCUCCUCAGCGUGUUCCAGCUGGCCGAAGCGGCGGCUCGGAGCCUCCUGGGCGGCCCGCAUGAAGUAGCGGCCGCGCUGGUGUUGGCGUGCGUGGCCGGCGGCGCACUGAUGCUAGCGCGCCUGGAACGGGGCUCGUCCGUGGUGGUGGUCGUCGGCAUCGUACGCGCGCUCUCCUUCUUCUCGCUGCACAAAGUUCGCACCGCUUGGAGGCCGUACGUGGCCUACCUGCUGGGAGUGGUGGGCAUCCUGCUGGCGAGGUAUGCUGACGGGCUCCUGGCCGGCCAAGGGACACUUAAGGAGGGCUGCACUUCCGUGAGCGGAGCCAAGGAAGACGUCGUCCCCUCCUUCAAAAGGCGCAGGAGGUCCAGUUCUGUCGUAUCCACAGACAUGGCACACAGUCAGUCCAACAGCAAGUCACAUCGCAGGACCUCUCUGCCAUGCAUCCAACGGGACCAGAUGUUGGCCCGUUCAGACUGGGAACACAAAAGAGGCUCCCGAGGAUCACAGUCGUCCGGCACAAGCGUCAUGGUGGACAUUGCCGUAAUGGGAGAAGCACACGGACUGAUCACAGACUUGCUGGCUGACCCCUCAUUGCCCUCCAACACUUGCACCUCACUGCGGGCUGUCAGCAGCCUGCUCACAACCCAGCUCACCUUCCAGCCACUCCACCGGCCCCGCCCCGCCCCCUUGCUCAACCCAUCGGACGCCUACGUCUGCUCCGACUCCGAGGAGGGACCGGAGAAAGGAGAGAAGACAUCCAUCCAUAAACGUUUAAGACGGAGUCUCCACCCGGGUCUUCUGAGGAGGAUCUCCUCCACAUGGACUACCACCACCUCCGCCACAGGCCUGCCUACAAUUGAACCGGGGCCUGUGAGGAGGGACCGCAGUGCCAGCAUUAAACCCUAUCAUGAAACACUCACGUGCAGUUGUGGAAGACCAUACAUCAGACUGAGCCACGGAGAGGGCUCUAUAGACAAGGGAGACAGGAUACCACGCUCAGCAGAAGAUCAAGUGGUUGUGUCAUCAGACUAUGACAGCACCCACGAAGCCAAUCACAGUGACAGCAGUGAUGUAGCGCACACAGAGGAGGACACAGAAGGAAAACACUCCCAGAAUGUAAUUCUCCACCCACUAAUACCUCCUGAGGACAAACCUAUUCUGGCCCCUGAGCCGCUAUUAAUGGAAGAUUUAGAGCCGACGAUGAGUCAGCUGAACAAUUGGAACUUUCCCAUCUUCAGCUUGAUGGAGAAGACGAAUGGAAAAUGUGGGCGGAUCCUCAGUCAGGUCUCUUACAGGCUUUUUGAGGACACCGGCUUGUUUCAGACAUUCAAAAUUCCAAUCCAAGAAUUCAUGAACUACUUCCACGCCCUUGAGAAUGGUUACAGAGACAUACCAUAUCAUAAUAGGGUUCACGCCACAGAUGUGCUUCAUGCAGUUUGGUACCUCACCACACAGCCGGUUCCGGGUCUGCCCAGCCUCGUUGCUGACCACAGCUCUGCUAGUGACUCAGACUCAGACAGCGGAAUAACUCACAGUCAUAUGGGCUUCCUGGUGUCAAAGACGUACACUGUGUCAGAGGAUGGUUACGGCUGCUUGUCAGGCCUCAUACCGGCUCUGGAGCUUAUGGCUCUCUAUGUAGCUGCUGCAAUGCACGACUACGAUCAUCCGGGGCGGACCAACGCCUUCCUUGUGGCUACAAGUGCCCCACAGGCAGUGCUCUACAAUGACCGUUCGGUUCUGGAAAACCACCACGCUGCCUCAGCAUGGAACCUCUUGUUGUCACGACCAGAGUUCAACUUCCUCGUCAACUUGGACCACAGAGAGUUCAAGCGGUUCCGUUUCCUGGUCAUUGAGGCCAUACUGGCCACGGAUUUAAAGAAGCACUUUGAUUUUCUUGCAGAGUUCAAUGCUAAGGUGGGAGAUGAUCCUUCUUCAGGGAUUGAUUGGUCGAAUGAGAAUGACAGAUUGCUGGUCUGCCAAAUGUGCAUAAAGUUGGCUGACAUCAAUGGACCGCUAAAGUGUAAGGACCUGCAUCUCCAGUGGACAGAAGGCAUUGUCAAUGAGUUCUAUGAACAGGGUGAUGAAGAGGCCAGUCUUGGUCUCCCCAUCAGCCCUUUCAUGGACCGAGCCGCACCUCAGUUGGCCAAACUCCAGGAGUCCUUCAUCACGCACAUUGUGGGACCCUUGUGCAAUUCUUAUGAUUCGGCAUGCCUCAUGCCCGGACGUUGGGUGGAACCCAGGAUGAAUGCGGAGGAACCUGAGGGCACAGAGAAUGAGGAGGAGGAAGAUACAGCAGAGGAAGAUGCAUCCACCAGCUCGGAAUCAUCACAGAAAGCAGCCAAGAAGAGGAGGAAAGUGUUCUGUCAGAUCACUCAUCACCUGAUGGAAAACCACGAGAUGUGGAAGAAAGUAAUCGGGGAGGAGGCACAGAAGCAGGGCCAAGGAGCCGAGUCUAUCCACGCGAACAGUGUAGCGGAGCUCAGUUUAGCUACUCAUGAGGAAGAAGAGGAGCCAGGCAGCAGAGAGGAGCCAGUUGAAGGUGAGGAUCCCGAAGAAGGAGUGGAGGAACCUGAGUGGCCUGCAUCUACGCAAGACGUGGAGGAGGAACUGCAGUGAAAGAAACGUUCAGGAUUUGGACAAGUAUUUUUUUGCUUUCUAACACUAAUUUACUGAAUCCUGUUUUUGCCAGCACAUCACUUUAGACACAACACUGUAGAUUGGGAAAUGUGUGCCUACAAAGAAUUAAAAAAAAAAAAAAAAAACAGGGUGGGACAUUUCGUGCUUUACACAUUUUGUCUAAAUAUUUGAUUUCACCAAACAUUUAAAUAAAGGAGCUUUCGGUCUUGCAAUACGAGAUUAUGCAUGUACUUUGAAACACAGACUCUUUUCUUACCGUCACGAGAAGAGGCAAACUGGCUGCACAGACCUCAACCACAACGUGGUAACACAGGACUGCUAAAAUUAGCUGCCAAUUUAUACAGUACAUAAUUAUUUUCUGAAUGCAAUUAUACCUGUACAUGGACACCCCAGUUACUUGUACUUGUGCUUCAGUUUCAGCAGGAAUUUUUGAGCGUGGGUCAAAAACGGUCCAUAAAAUGUUUAUGGCAUAUUAUAUUAGUAAAUCCAAUGAUGAGCAUUGGUGUAACUGUCACUUCAUUACACUCAACCAACAUGAAUCAAUCUCACAAUAAAGCAUUUGUAAAUGUUAUACUUUACAUUUUUUAUGUACUGUAUAGUUUAAAUCCAGAUGCUUCAUUCUCAUCAUACUCCCAGUGUUAUAUUCAUGUAAUAUAAGAAUAAGAUUUGCCAUUGUGUCAUAGCUCCACGAAAACGGGAAUAAUCACAAAUAAGCUAAAUACCAUGUUGGCAUAUUUCAAGAAAGAAUAGACAGUCACAUGUUCCUGAGAGGAGAAAAGAAGACUAAAGGGAAUAUUAUAUUAAUUUAUUGUCUGCAAUUGACAGCGAUUUUGACUCGGAGGGCCAUCAGAGACCAGGCGACUAAUGCAAUACUGUUUUGUUAUUUCUCUUUUUAUUCAAGGCUUUGAAUUUUGUAUUCUCUGUGUGCACCAAAUUCCUCCAUAUGUGAACCUUUAACCCUCAGGAAACUUUCCACUGUUGAGAUUCAAUGCUAAAGCUCUUCUAGGACCUGCGCAAACAGCAACAGCAUGCUGGGAUAUUGUUGCAAGCUACUUUAAAUGAUGUCCUUAACUCACAUAGCACAGGAUAUAUGAAUCAGGGAGCAAAUUUAAAAACAACAAUAAAUGUCACCUGGAUGAGUCCAGACUGAAAAAUCAAAUCAAGUACUGUAAGUUGACACUUCAGGAGAUGAGCAUUCAGAAAUUUUUGUCAAAUCAAUAGUGAUACUGUAGUGUAGAGCUUUCCUCACAUUUGAGUGAUUUGCACCAAAACAGGUGUCAAGUGAAUCUGAAAAAUAAUGAUUCAUUUUUAAAGUUGUGAACAUAGACAUAUGACAUUUCUCUCAUACAAUGACAUUUUAAGAACAAAACAAAUAAUUUCUGUGGAAAAUAAUACUAUUCAUCACAAACUAAAAUGCAGAUUUAUUUAAAGCAAAAAUGCCCCAAAUGAAGAAUGUGUCACUGUGUGUAGUUUGGUAGACAUUAAUCUGGUGAUUUCAUAUUAGAUUGUUCCUUUUAGACUCAUAUUGGCAGGCUUAUUGCUGCCUUAUUUACAUUUCAAUGUAUGCCACAGCGGGUGCUUCCACGAGGAUUGAUUCAACUGCUUAGUGAAUGUAUAUUCCACGAAAUUAUUCAUUUAGUAUCUACUGUCUAAUUGCAAAUGUGUAUAUAUAUCCAAUGCUGUCCUUUUUCUGAUGUGGCUGUACGGCAGCAAGUACACUUAGUAAAUAUCGGUAAGGUAAUGCAUUCAGUUCCUCUGAGGUGCUCAGAUGAAAUAGUUGCUCUCCAAAGAUCCUGUGUUCAUACAGUAUUUUCUCUUGUGCUUCCACUCUGACCUAACAGUUGAUUUGUAUAUAUCUUCAAUUGCAACAAUUGACUUUUUUAAACAUUCAUCGCACAAUUGUCACGUCACCACAAAAACUAUUAAAUUGCUUUGGGGGCUAAGAAUAUAACAUGAUUUAGGUUAGCAUGUUACAUUGUUUGUCUUCAUUCCUUUUAUUUAAUCGUCAAACACUUGUAGGAUAAUUGUGAGUUAAACCAGCUUCAUAAUCCCAUAUGUAAAAUUGUUCAAUAUUUUUGUAUUGCAUCAACAUCAUGAUACAGUAGGUUUGUUUGCUCUCACCAGUAUAUUGCACUUACCAUGUGUACUAAGAAUAUUUUGUCCAAAUACAGUUUUUCCUUACAGGGUGAUGCUCCAUUUUGUACAACAUGAAUAUACACUGUACAGUAAAGACAAUUUAAAAUGACAAAAACAUUUUUAGAGAAGCAUUAUUUAUUUUUACCAUUUUGUAAUUUAGACACUAUACUGUGGCUUCAAUAUUGCCAGACAUACUGGAAGUGCCUCUUGGUAUGUAUCAUAUAUGGAUAUAUUUGAAGAUCAUUAGAAAUUGUCACACAUUGAUCUAAGUUGAUAUUGUAAUGUGAAUACAUUCAAUUAUAAGACAGAAUUUCUGUGGUA